UGGCCUCAUGCAUUAUUGAUAAUAAUGGCUGUGUCUCUUUAACUGGGAUUGGUUUACGACACCAUGUGUGCGUGUGUGAGUGUGUGUGUGCGUGCGAGGGAGCGAGUGAGUGAGUGUGUGUGUGUGUGUGUGUGUGUGUGUGUGUGUGUGUGUGUGGUUGGUUGGGGGGGGGGGGAUAGAGACAGCUUGCAUCUCUCAUCCUGUGCUCUCUGGAUCCCAGCUUGCUGUUUGCUGGGGAGGAGAGGGAGGAAACACAUUUUGCUCUCUGCAAAACGGCUUUAUUUAUUUUUGGGACGAACCUCCAGCCUUUCCCCCAGGGUGGGGAGAGCUCAAAACAGCAAAUUCUGAUUCGAACCGGGGAGCUGAGCUGCUGCCUCAGAAGCAAGAGAGGAGGGGAAAUCGGCCUUCCUCGGGCUGGGACUGACCGACCCCAGGACUGCCAGAGACAAGGGGGGGUCGUCUGGCUGUAUCCCUCUCUUCCUCCUUCCCCCUCCCCCUCCCCCCCACCACGAUAUUUUUCUCCUUCUCGCUUUCAUGCUCAUCUCCACAUGAAGGGAAGACUCCCUGCGGACAGCAUGGCAUGAGCCCGGAGCCGGCGCGUGAGGGUUCACUGUUCUGGGUAGAUCUGCAAAGGAUUUCUUCUCUACAGUUCUGGUCCCACUGUUCAGAGUCCAUUUGCCACAGGACUCCAAGCACUUUCCUUCUCCUUGUGGAUGAGCCUGUACCCGAGUGCCUUCCAGAGACCUAGAGAUUUUACUUUAGUCUUCUCCAGAGUGAGUGUGGAAGAUGUCGAACCAGAGCGACGGCAACACCAAGCCCCCAUGCUUGCCCCGGAAUGGCCUGGUAAAGCUUGCCAGUCAGCCCAACGGCCUCAGCUCUGCCAGCAUCACCAAAGGGACCCCUGCUGUGAAGAACCGACUCUGCCAGCUGCCCCCCGUGCCUGCCCUCACCAGCCCAGCCUUCCCAGUGCCCGCCGAACGACCCCCACCCAGCCUGGCGUCCCCCCUCUCCUUAGCCACCUUGGCAGGGGGGCCGUGCCCUUCCUCUGAGCCCCUUGCAGCUGGACUGUCCUCUGGUGAGAGCCCUGGCCAGGCUCCCACAUCCCCCAUAGAGAGGCAGCCCCUGGCUGUGGAUGAGAAGAUCCUUAAUGGCCUCUUCUGCUACUUCUCAGCCUGUGAGAAGUGUGUGCUGGCCCAAGUGUGCAAAGCCUGGCGGAGGGUGCUCUACCAACCCAAGUUCUGGGUGGGCCUCACCCCAGUGCUGCACGCCAAGGAGCUAUACAAUGUGCUUCCUGGUGGGGAGAAGGAAUUCGUGAACUUGCAGGGUUUUGCCACACGCGGCUUUGAUGGCUUCUGCCUUGUUGGUGUCUCGGACCUGGACAUUUGUGAAUUCAUUGACAACUACUCUCUGUCAAAGAAAGGUGUCAAGUCCAUGAGCCUCAAGCGUUCUACUAUCACUGAUGCUGGGCUAGAGGUAAUGCUAGAGCAGAUGCAAGGGGUAGUUCGUCUGGAGCUGUCUGGUUGCAACGACUUUACAGAGGCAGGAUUGUGGUCCAGCCUCAAUGCCCGAAUCACAUCGUUGAGCGUCAGCGACUGCAUCAAUGUGGCCGAUGAUGCCAUUGCCGCAAUUUCCCAGUUGCUGCCCAACCUGGCUGAGCUGAGCCUGCAAGCGUACCACGUCACGGACACAGCCCUGGCCUACUUCACGGCCAAGCAGGGCUACACCACCCACACCCUGCGGCUGCACUCCUGCUGGGAGAUCACCAACCAUGGCGUGGUCAACAUGGUGCACAGCCUGCCCAACCUGACUUCCCUCAGUCUCUCUGGCUGUUCAAAAGUCACGGAUGAUGGGGUGGAGCUUGUGGCUGAGAAUCUUCGAAAGCUCCGCAGCCUCGACCUGUCUUGGUGCCCCCGGAUUACUGACAUGGCCCUAGAGUAUAUUGCUUGUGACCUGCACAAACUCGAGGAGCUGGUGCUUGACAGGUGUGUUCGAAUCACAGACACUGGACUCAGCUACCUGUCCACCAUGUCUUCACUCCGAAGCCUCUACCUACGAUGGUGCUGUCAGGUGCAGGACUUUGGACUGAAACACCUUCUGGCCAUGAGGAGUUUGCGCCUCCUCUCCCUGGCAGGCUGUCCCCUGCUGACCACCACGGGGCUCUCUGGCCUGGUGCAGUUGCAGGAACUGGAAGAGCUGGAAUUGACCAACUGCCCUGGAGCCACCCCCGAGCUCUUCAAGUAUUUCUCCCAGCACCUACCCCGAUGCCUGGUCAUAGAGUAGGGGCCAGGCUGGGUUUGGCCCCAUCCACCUUGGGACUUGUCCCCUCUUGCUCCACUCAGCUUUCUCCCUUCUCCAUUCAGUUUCAUUGUCCCACAGGGACCUGGGUCAUACUCCGUACAGGACCUAGGAGUCCUAGGGACCCAGCCUAGCUCUUCCCCCACUCCACCAUUGCUCUGCCCUCACCAUCCUCUGCAUCAAUUUGCCAACUAACUCAAGCCAGGAAUAGCUAUGGGGGGGGGAAGGGGGAGGGCAGGUAGCUACCCUGGUCCAGGCCAGUAGCUGGGGGAAGAAGUGAUAGGGGGGAGGUAUGGACAUUGAUCCUUCCUCUUGACUAAAGCUAAGAAGGAUGGGCAGCCACAGGAGCUGGGGCCCUGCUUCCCGAUUUCACACAUCGCUACUCAGAUGCUCAGGAGCAACUUGAUCAUUCCCCUACUGCCUUCCUACCCCUAAUGCUCUCAGCUACUUCUGUCCCUACAUUCCUGGGGUAGGACAGUGGUAGCUUUGGUAUACUAUCCUAUGUGGUAGUACAGCAUCUAUCCUUGGUGGUCCUAGAGAAUCAUAGGAUCACAAUUUUAGAGCAGGAAGGAGAAGAUUCCUGCUUUUGAACCUACAUACAUGUUUGCACGCGUACACACACACACACACACACACUCACAGAUACCACAAUCUAGGCUCAGACUCAUCAGUUUUCUCUAGACCCAAAUUCUGAAAGCAGCCUCUUGAGGCUCAUACCCAGGGCCCCUUUCAACUGUUCUCCCACUUUAAACCCUCCCCUAAAACACACACACACACACACACACACACACACUUUCACUCACACACACUACACCCUGAAGUCUCAGGCCUUCCAGCUAAACCAACGGGUGCUGGGCAUGGUACCAUUUGUCAUGGAGGGCUGCUGGACAGAGCCUAUCCCCAGGACCCCUCAGGGGCUAAUAAAUGGCAGAAAUUAGGGAUAGAUGAGGACAGAGGCUCUGACUUCCCAGAGCAGGGAAGGCAUCAUACCCUGGGGGAAGUGGGGUAAGAGAAAUGACCACCCACUUUCUCCAUCCUCAUGGUCCAGAAUGCUGUUUCCUAAGUGGUAGGCUCAUCCUGUCCUUCAGAGAGAAGGAACCCCUCCCCUUCCUCGACUAUGAGCACAUACACAUACACGGGUACAUACGUGCAUGCCCCUCUGUGCCCUGCUCUGCACGCCUGCCCACAAUCAUGUUCACCCAUGCACAAAUCCCGUCCCACCCACCCCAGCUCAGGCAGCUCUAUCCCAUUUCCCCCUAGACCUCUGGCCAGAGCAGCCCCUUUGGAUCCCAGUCCUGGGUGGAGGUCAAGUGGAAAUAGACCCUUAAUGAAGGCCAGUUUUGUUUCAGAAGGUACUGAAGAGAAUCCUUAAUCUAGGUCUCUGUUCCCCAGGGCAAGAAUGAAUGCCCGGAGAGCUCAAGGCAAAGCCUACACCUCUCAUUUCUCCCCAAUUUUCCCUUCUAGCUUCCUGCCCCCUUUCAUCCCUCUCUUCCUCCUCCUUGUUCUCAGAUUCAGCUGUCUCCUCUAGCUCACUUGUCCCCCACUGGGCCCAUUUCCAAAGUGAGGCCAAGGACUUGGCAUGUCUAGCAUGUGUUGCUGGGGGCAGGGAAGGAGCUUCACCUAGGCUUUGCUUUUGAACAGAGGCAUUUAGUUUUUCUGUUCCCAUCCCACAGUACCUUCCCCAAAGAGAAGAGGUGUUGGUUUCCCCUCAUGGGGAAACUGAGGUAUAGUACCACCAGGCAAUCUGAAUGAUUCCGUGUUGAGCAUAGAAUGAAGCGAAAGGUCUCACUUUUACUCCCACCCCAGAUGGUUCUGCUGUUCUAUAACCACUGUGAGGUUUGGGGGUAAGCCAAGGAUGUGGUAGGGGGGAUGUUCAGAGUCUCCCCUUUACGUCUUGAUUCCUUGCCCUCCUUGUUUCAGGGAGCCCCUAUUGACUCAGGCCAAAUUCCUCACCUGGGUACAGCAUUUAGAGCCAUGGCCUGAGGCAGGACUGCAAGCCCACAGACAAACACUGACAUUCCCUGCCAUUGGAAUCCUCUUCCUUAUGGUGGGGGUGGGAUGGGGUGAGGGAAAGAGAAGAAUAGUGGAAGAGAAAGACUCCCAUGAGUCUGUUUACUAGAUGAGGCUUGGAAAUGGAAGAUAUGGGUAGGGAUGGUUCUGAAUGGAUGCCUAUUCCUGGGAUUGGGUAUAAUCACCCCACAUGGGUCCAGACAUCUAUCAGUCCAGCUAAGGCUCUGCCUGGUCUCAACCUACUAUGUUGUUGAUAUGGCUCCUUCCUUCCCCCUUACCUGGAUCUCUCAUCCACAUAGAUGAGAUAGGCAUGUGCUGAGCAUUGCCUCUUUCUUCCUCCACUCCCUGCCCCCUGGGAUAGGAGCCACCAAACCGGGGCUGGAGCCUAGAGCUAGACCUUUCCCUUCCACUUACUCUCCUCCCCUCCCCUCCCUUCCCCUCCUAGGAAGAAGCUUCCAUUGGGUUCCCCAAAUACAGCUAUGGGUGCUGGAAUAAGCUCUCUCUGUCCACUAAGCUUCCAAAAGCCCUCUCUGCUGGGAGGGCCCAAUGGGGCAGGCAUGGGUUUUUUCAGCACUGCAACCCUAAUGUCUUCAUGCUUUGGGGUUUGGGAACCAUUUACACCCCAACUUGCCCAGGCUGGGACCCUAAUCCCAUAAGCCCCCAAGGACAAUUCCAACCAGCAACUCUGAUCUUCCACAGCAUCUUGGUGGGGAAAAGGGCUUCUUUAUUGGCCACCCCUGACCCAACUUCUUCCCCCCCCCACCCCCACUCCACCCACCCCAGAUGGUCUCUGAUGAUGGCCGCAUAAGAUCCUAAACCAUUUGGAAGUCCUGGAUUCUGGAAGUGAAAGCUGGCACCAGCCUAGCAAGAGAGCUGAGGAGGGGAAGUUGGGUCCCCUCCCAUUCCAAACAGGAGAUCCCCAGGAGACACCGCUCCCCCUCACUUCAUCCUGGGACAGACACCAUCCUGGGAGCGAAGAGAUAAUUGGAAGAGAUGAACCUAUCCCUAAAGCUUCACCCACCCACCCCCACUUCUUACCCCACAGAGAGAGAAAGAGAGAAAGAGAGAAAGAGAGAGAGAGAGAGAGAAAGAGAGAGAUACUGUUGAAGUGAAACAGAGAAAUGAUUUGACAGCCCAAAGAUUUUUCCUGUACCCCCGGAGUCAGACCAUCUGGCCUGGGGCUCCGGGCUGACUUGGUUCUAAGCCAGUUUUCUCAACCCCCCUCCCCUGCUUUGUGCCCCGUGGGGUCAGGGAGGGGGAACGGGAGAGGUGUUCAUUGGUCCAAAGUAUUAAAGUAACUGAAGCUGUGAUAUUUCCAACUACUGUAGGAGGAAAAUAAAAGGGAGAUAGGAAAAAAAAAAUCAACCCUGAAAACCAUUUUCUUACUGUACAUAACAACCUCAUUCUCCUGUAUAUGCGGAAGAUAUAACCUUAUAUUUGGUAAGUGUUUCUUGUGCUAUUUUAUCACGUGACCUGUUUAUAAAAAUAUAUAUUAAAAAAAACUUGUAAAAA